AUGGACUCAUUGUCAGUUUUAGGGAGAGAUUCAAAUUGGCGGUCGUUUUCACAUAGGUGGUCGCAUUCUGCACAGACAAUGGAAUUGGUUCUCGCGGCAACUCCACCGCCGCUGCCGCUAUUUGCAGCGAACUUCUCGGUUGUUCCAAUCGGCAAAGUAGAGCCACUUGCCACUUCUCCACCAUUUCUGCUCAAUGCUACGACAAGGCCGAGUAUCAGAAAAGAGCAGGUUCCAAGGCCGCCAGCACUACCACCGAACAAGCCUGACUUGAAUAGCGGCGGAUUACACAUAGACUUCAAAGGAAUGCUUGACUCGACGAUUGAUAGUGCAAAGGAUCUCUUUGGCGACAUGUUUGGAUUGAACGCUGAAUGUCUUAACGGAGGGAAAAGGAUCUCAGGAAAUAAAUGCGAAUGUACAUACGGGUACAGAGGUUCGCGAUGUGAGGAAAUUACUUGUGAAAAUAACGGUAUUCGUCGUCGCGUUGAAAGACAAAAACCACCACAAUUCGUAUGCAGUUGUCCGCACCCAGAAUACAUCACGGGUAAACACUGUGAAAAGGUCGUUUGUCUGAACAACGGAAGCUGGAGUGUUCAAGAACAGAUGUGCAUUUGCGAUGAACAGUGGUAUUAUGGAAAAUUUUGCGAGGGGAAACGUACUCAUCUACCGUUUUUAAUCGGAAUUCCACUGGUUAUAAUUGCUUUCAUUCUUCUAAUGUGCUACUUGUGCAAAAAAGACUGGUGCCCUCGUCAACCUCGACGCGGAAGACACGGUAUGUACAGAAACGGAGAAGCACAGUCAAGGCGACGUCCAAUUUCAACCAAUAGAACUCCUCGUACUCGAGCGCAUGCAACCGGAAUACUAGUACAAGAACACUUACUGGGCGAAGAAAGGGGUGCGCCAAUGCGAUCUCCCGCCUAUCCACCAGGAAUCGUGCCUCCAUUUGUGAUUCGACUUGACACGAUUCCAACAUUCAAUCCCGGAAUGGUUGGCGGAGUCGAUCCGGCUGGGGCGGGAAUGACUGCACUUGAAUUGAUAAAAGAGAUCGAACCUCCUCCCUCAUAUGAUCAGGCGAUGGCUGUUCCGCGUCCCCCUGCUUACACCGCUUCACCACGUGAAUCGCAAGUUGUUGGGCAUUCAACCCGUGGAACUCCACCACUUCCAACAACGGUUCCGCCAGUAGCACCACCGAGUAAUUUAACGGCAAGAUCUUCUCCAUCAUCCAACUCAAACUCGAACGGCUCGUCGGCUUCAAGCUCUAAUCACCGGAGA